GGCCUCCUCGGUGGCGGAGCUGGCGUCCGCGGGGCGGUCGUCCCGGCAAGUUUCCCUCGGCGCUGCCUAUGGCUGAAGUGGCGCGCGCAGCUGCAGCCUCGGGAGCUCACACAUUCUGCGAGACGGCGACGAAGGCUGCGGCCGCGCGAGCGCAGGAGGGGGCGGCCCAAGCGGCCUGCGCGGGGCUGUGAGCCGAGGCCGGGCCGGGUCGCCGACGCGGGCGAGGCCGCCCCUCCUGCGGGCGCGCCUAACCGCCUUGCGCCGGGGGUUGUUGCGGGCCGCUUCCCUUUCCCCGACUCCUGAGGUGGACGCGCUUUCCUAAUAAUCCGCGGUGAGGAAGCCCGGACAAGCGAUAGAUCUGCUGCUGGAGCUACUCUGCCAGGGUUUAAAACUUUAAAUGGGAAUAAAGGGUAGUACUUACGAGGAAAUGAGAGUGAAUAAAUCAUCUCUAACCUCUUCUAGCCUUUUUUCCGUAAGAGAGACCAUAUUAAACUUACAUAUUUGAAGACUGCAUCAUCCUGCCUCCAGUACCAGUACCGGUAGUUCUCUGUUCUGUGAUCAAUGUGAUUCACAGAAACUUCUUCAGUAACAAACGAAAUGAGCCAGGGACGUGGAAAAUAUGACUUUUAUAUUGGUCUGGGAUUGGCUAUGAGCUCCAGCAUUUUCAUUGGAGGGAGUUUCAUUUUGAAAAAAAAAGGCCUUCUGCGACUUGCCAGAAAAGGCUCCAUGAGAGCAGGUCAAGGUGGCCAUGCAUAUCUUAAAGAAUGGUUGUGGUGGGCUGGACUGUUGUCAAUGGGAGCUGGGGAGGUGGCCAACUUUGCUGCUUAUGCGUUUGCACCAGCCACACUUGUGACUCCACUGGGAGCUCUCAGCGUCCUAGUAAGUGCCAUUCUUUCUUCAUACUUUCUAAAUGAAAGACUUAAUCUUCAUGGGAAAAUUGGAUGUUUGCUAAGUAUUCUAGGAUCCACAGUUAUGGUCAUUCAUGCUCCGAAAGAAGAGGAGAUUGAGACCUUAAAUGAAAUGUCUCACAAGCUAGGUGAUCCAGGUUUUGUGGUCUUUGCAACACUUGUGGUCAUUGUGUCUUUGAUUUUAAUCUUCGUGGUGGGACCUCGCCAUGGACAGACAAACAUUCUUGUGUACAUAACAAUCUGCUCUGUAAUUGGAGCGUUUUCAGUCUCCUGUGUUAAGGGCCUGGGCAUUGCUAUCAAAGAGCUGUUUGCUGGAAAGCCUGUGCUGCGGCAUCCCCUGGCCUGGAUCCUGCUGCUGAGCCUCAUCAUCUGUGUGAGCACACAGAUUAAUUAUCUAAAUAGGGCCCUGGAUAUAUUCAACACCUCCAUCGUGACUCCAAUAUAUUACGUAUUCUUUACAACAUCAGUUUUAACUUGUUCAGCUAUUCUUUUUAAGGAGUGGCAAGAUAUGCCUGUUGACGAUGUCAUUGGUACUCUGAGUGGCUUCUUGACAAUCAUUGUGGGGAUAUUCUUAUUGCAUGCCUUUAAAGACGUCAGCUUUAGUCUAGCAAGUCUGCCUGUGUCUUUUCGAAAAGAUGAAAAAGCAGUGAAUGGCAGUCUCUCUGGUAUGUACGAAGUUCUUAAUAAUAAUGAAGAAGGCUUAACCUGUGGAAUUGAACAGCACACUGGUGAAAACAUCUCCCGAAGAAAUGGAAACCUGACAACUUUUUAAGAAAGACGUAAUUAAAUGGUUAGUCUGUGAUUUUGGUACAAAGUGAAUUUGAAUAUCAGAAUGUGUCUAAAAAAGCACUGUCCUCAAAUAAUGUUCUCUAAAGACAAUCUUUUCUAAAGUUUCACUAAUUUGGACCAAGAAAUUACUUUUCUUAUAUUUAAACAGUGGUAACUUACAAUUUGACCUCAGUAUAUGGCCAGUUUCUACUAACACUGUCUUAUUGUGGAGGUACUUUACAUUUUGAUUCCUUCUCCAAAAUCCAAAUGCACUGACAGUUUUAAGUCUAUAAAAAUGCUUUAUUUUUUCAUUGGUGAUGAAAGUCUGAAAUACACAUUUGUCAUCCCUACUUCAUCAAUCCCUGAUCAUAUAAGGCUUUUCGAUUUUAAAAAAGAACAAAAUUAUCCAAGUACAUUAUUCUGUGAUUUACCUUUCCUAUAAAAAUGACUCCUGUUUGAUGAAUUAUUUUAAUUUUGAAAUGUUAGUUUAAAGGAAUCCUAAAUUAUUAUGAGAGAAACUCACAGAUCAAAAAAGGGUAGGAAAUCACACCAAGGAAAUAUUUCUCAGGCUGCAAUUUGUCACCGUGAAUCUGGUCUCCUGCGUGCAUAUGGCGGCCAUCUGAGACAGCACCUUGCUGAGUCAGCGCAUCCUGCAUCUGCAGGGCCACUUUGCACCCUGGCUGGGUUUAUGCUUUAGUUACUCUAAUCCCAUGAUGCCUGGAACCUUGAUUACCAUUUUACAUCAGUCCUUGUACCUUUCACUAUAUUUUCAUAAUGAGUUAAAUUGUCAUUUAGACCUUUUAACAACUCUGGGAAGUAAAAUCAGAAGACGGGUUAUUUCUUAAAUUUAGCUCACGUUAUAAUAAAAAGACAAGUUGAAACAGAUUUCUAAGUCUGAAUGCUUAGAACGAACUUAAAAUGCUUGUAAAAUAUGGUCUCUUCCUACCAGGUAUUUUACUUAAGAGUUUGUUUGGGGCUGGCUGGUUAGUUCAUCUGGUUAGAGUGUGGUGCUGAUAACACCAAGGUCCAGGGUUCAGUGCCUGUACCACCGUCUGCAAAAAAAAGUGUUUGGACUUCUGUAUAUUUUGGUCUUUCAGAAAAUAUGGUGAAAUGUUACACUUUCCUCUACGUAACUGAGACGGAAAAAAGAGAAAGAAUUCACUCAAAGUACCAUGAAUGAGGCCUGGAGGGACUGCCACCCAUCAGGGGAGCAGCCCCAAUUCAAAAUCAGCCUUUCUUUUUAUUGACAAGACAAGGAAGUUUCACAAGGAAAGUCAGUUGAUUCAGUUAUCAAAGAAGGACAUAAAAACAGGCUGUGUAAAACUUGUAAUAACAAAGUGACAUUCCAGAAUGUAAUUUGUAAAAAACUAGGUUAAUUUACCAACAGCUUUGUCUUUAGUAAACAUUUUCUUUUCCUCAUACUUCCUAUAGCAAUUUCCUUAGCAUAUUUAAACAGCAUUCAAGCAGUUCCCGUACCAUAUCUUAAGAACAAUCAGUAGGUUAAAUAGUCAAUAGUCAUUCAAGCCACAAUCAAACCAGCAACCUAAAACAGUCAAAGUACACAAUCCCAUCCCUAAACAGUGAUUAGAAUUGAUUAGAUGGCUUUUGCCAAACUUAUCUGUGGACUCUUGUCCCCCUACUCAAGAGCCUUUUGGCUCAUUCAUUCAUUACCUAAAAAUCCUAUUCUGAGAUCAAAGGAGAAUCAUUUCUAACCCACUACAACGAAAAAAAUUUUUUAUGGAAAAUUUCAAACAUGCAAAAAAGGUAGAAUAGUGUAAUGAAACCCCAUCCAGGUUUAAAACCUAUCCACUCAGCCAUUGAUUAACGUUUGAGAAAAAAGUAUUGGCGAAUUUCCACCUGGCUGGUAGGGAGAACAUGGGCUUGGAUGUCCCAGUCUGCUACUUCUGAGGUGACACAGGUGGGUCAGGGCUGAGCCACCACUGGGCCCACAAGACCCCAUGUGAUUCUAGGGCUGACAUCUCAUGCCACACUCGAUUGACUUUGUCAGGGCAGAGUUGACUGUUGCCAAGUUUCAUGGAGUAAAUUCCCUUUUUUUCAACUAUGUUUUAUUAUUGACCCUCUAAGGAGCCAUUUUAGAUAUCAUUUUUAACCAUCUCCACCCACAUCAUUUUAAUACCACAGAUGUGCUAGAUAUCUGCUUACGUACUAUAUAUCUGUGCUAUGUACCCAUUGGGGGGGUGAUAGUACCCUGAGAAUGUGUAGGUUAAUGCUAAUAAAUUCUAAUUACUUAA